CACAGCGCCACUGCACUGGCCAGUGACCGCACCACGCCACCUGCCCCUCGCUAUUCAUUCUCAGGUCUUAGCGGCAGCGGAGACGGUUCGUUCUUCACGUGCUCGCCUGCGACACACGGCUUGGCGCUCUGCUUAUAGGUAUGAGAUGUAGGAGGCGGCCGAGGCUCGGCAUGGGGUGGCUCCGGUCCGUGCUCUCCCCGCUCAGGAGGCUCUGGUGCCGCGUCAACGCGGUGCAGCGCAAGAAGAGAGGGAUCUACAUCCUGUACGACGACGUCAAGUCGUGCCAAUGCGAGGACGUGCACGUGCUCUGGUCCAUCCUCGUGGAGUCCCACGGCCUGCCGCCGCCGACCCCGAUGCCGACGCCGCCGGCCCUGAGCCUGAAGCGGUGACGAGGGGCGGCGGGUACGGUGCUCCGGCUCCGGAACGGCACCCCCUGAAUAAGCGAAGGUCGAUGAUGGAUACUUCGACAUGGCCAUGGGAGGUGAAGUAGUAGUGCUUCUUAAUUCUGAUGUGCAUAGGAUCAGUCGAUGGUAGCAGUGUGUUGCCGCCGGCGUGGUGUUCUACUGCCGGCAUGAAUCGGCGCCUCUGUUGGAGGCCGCGUAGACGAAGGGUGGCCUGCGGUGGAACGUAGCAGCUGCUGCGCCGGUGGCUUGAUGAGUGUGGUGAUGGGCUUCUUGGAGCGCACCCCUCGUUCGUUUGACUUCUCGUUUUCUGCGAGACUUGCAUUUGGAUGCAGUCUCCUUUCGUUCAUCUCUGAUGGAAUGAAUAGCAGGAAGAAAUUUGAAUCAUCAACUAUCAUCUGAA